GACAGAUGCAGUAAAGUUCUCGUAUCUCUAAUCACAACUUAUAAAGAAAGGGAAAAGAAAGAACAAACUAUGACUAUAUGAGUACCAUCGACUUCCUAGUAUAUUAUGAGCCAGAUGAAUUAUUUCCUCUAUUCGGCUUGAUCUAGACACUUUCCAUGGACUUCCUGACUUGUCAAGAAUUACCAAAUGCACUGAACCUAAAUGGUAAAACAUUAUCUGCAAACAGAUGACUUACGUCCAAUAAUGUUGAGCUUUGUACUCUUGACCAUAACAAGACAAUAUACAAGUUCACUCUGCAUUUAGAAGGAUUGAAAAUUGCACUUAAGUAGUGGCAGAGAAGUCAAUUACUGAGUUCGUGUACAGAUUACAAGGUAGAAAUUAGCUUGACACCUGUGUUGAAAUCACAAUGAUAGGAUCAUCAACCUUAACAUGGCUACCCCCUUGUAGAGAAAGACUGACAGUAGGUAUUAAACUGGUAUUUGCAUCAGGUCUGCAGAUUGUGUAGGAAAUAACAGAUGUCUUUGGAUUUGGAAUCCUCCUACUAGAGUUGAUAACUGGUCAAAGGGCAAUAGAUUUUGGCAAAGCAGCAAACCAGAAAGGAGCCAUGUUAGACUGGGUUAAGAAAAUUAACCAAGAAGAGAAGCUAGAAAUGUUGGUAGACAAGGACUUGAAGAACAACUAUGACAGCAUUGAACUUGAAGAAAUAGUCCAAGUAGCUCUCUUAUGUACUCAAUUUCUCCCUAAUCAGAGACUUAGGAUGUCAGAAGUGGUAAGGAUGCUCGAGGGAGAUGGCCUCGCAGAGAAAUGGGAAGCUUCUCAAAGAGCUGAUUCCACAAGGAGCAGAGUAACUGAGUUCUCCUCUUCAGAGAGAUACUCUGAUCUCACCGAUGAGCAUCAUUGUUAGUGAGCGCGCCAAUGAAACUAAGCAGAGUUUGUCCAUAAUUUGGUAUUGUACAGAAUUAGAUUCCAGAAACUUAGUGUUUAGAAUGAGGAUUAAAAGCGACCUUAUCUCUUAAUUGCAUAGAGAAUAUUGUUAAAGAGUGUGGGUCAAGUUUGUAAGAAUAAUGUAAUGUGAGAAAGGGUUCCCUUUUUCUUUUUCUUACAUUUUAACAAAUUGUGAAAUCUAAGGCUAUUGUAGUAAGCUGUAAGCACAUAAUGUGAAAAAAGUAGAUGAUAGGGUGAACAAAGUUAUAGCAGCCCCUAACAGAGCAGCUAAUGCAGCACGUGUGGCAGGUGUGGCAGCUAUGAAAGCUAGUAAAGCUACUUUCCAUUCUUUAGUAAUUCUCAUGAUUAACUGAGCAAGCAUAAGGUCUCAUAUCAGACCGCCUAUUUGAUGCGUUCCAUGU